AUGCUAAGCCGAACUGAACACAGAGGUGUGUGCAGGCUGCUAUCAUCAGUGAUGUCUGGAACCGAGUCUCACACAGACAGAGAGGAGGACUACAGGUUCCUCCACAGCAUGUUGAUGGAGAAGAAGCUGCACUUGCUCUUCAAGAUCCACGAGCGGCUGAAGCGGUUUGAGAAGCGAAGCCCCGUCCCCGUCCAAGAGCACGCAGCACGUCUGGCAGCAGAUUUGGUAGAGGAACUCAUAUACCAAGGCUGGAGAGAUGAAGUCAAAGAACUGGCUGCUCUUUUUUCCGAACCCCACUUUAAGAGUCUCCUGCUUGUCCAUGACGCUGUAGCUCAGAGGGACUUUGAGACGAUUCUUCCACCAGUACCUGACGAUGUACUGGAAGAGGACGAGGAUUCAGUCAAAAUUGUCAGUCUGGUCAAAACCAAAGAGCCACUGGGGGCAACGAUCAAGAGGGAUAAAGCGACCGGGGCCAUUGUGGUGGCGAGGAUCAUGAGAGGAGGUGCAGCUGAUAAAAGUGGUCUGAUCCAUGAAGGAGAUGAGCUGAAAGAGGUGAAUGGAGUCUCACUGGAGAACAGGAAGCCAAAGGAAAUCCUUCCUCUAAUGGCUCGUUAUCAGGGUAACGUCACAUUUACGAUCAUCCCGGCCUCCUCCAAGGAAGAUUUGUUUUCAAAGAAGAAGAAGCUCUUUGUACGGGCUCUGUUUGAUUAUGAUCCAAACGAGGAUCCCACUGUCCCGUGCAAAGACGCGGCGGUUUCCUUUAAAGGAGGCGACGUCCUGCAGAUUGUCAACAUGGAGGAUGACACCUGGUGGCAGGCGUGUCACCUUGGCGACAGCGACAGUCGGGCUGGGCUCAUCCCCUCACUCCAACUCCAUGAGAGGAGAGUCGCACUACAGCGACCCAAAGCCCUGUUCAAGCCUCGGCAAGUCAAACCACCAGAUGAGGGGGAAGUCACGGAGGAUGUAGACUACGGAGCUCUAACAGGGAUCCACGUCGCUGGUUUAAGAAGAAGUUUCCGACUAGGCAGACAGAGCAGCUGGGCCAGAGAGGUGGCUCGGUCCAGGAGGUGGAGUGAAGGGGUACAUGGCUCAUUUCAUCCCCCCGCCUACAUAGAGGUGUCCCUCUAUCACCGAGACCCCAAGGACAGACACCGCCUGGUCGUUCUGGCUGGGCCCAGCGGCGUUGGCGUCAGCGAACUGAAAAAGAGGCUCCUGAUCUCAAACCCUGACCGCUAUGGCGUCACUGUGCCGUACACCACACGUGAGAAGAGGCGGCAGGAGACCGAAGGGGUGGAUUAUCAUUUUGUGUCAAUUAACAUGUUUGAGGAGGACAUUCUCACUCACAGGUUUAUAGAUUACGGGCAAUACAAAGGUCAUUACUACGGAACCAGUCUAGACUCUGCGCACAGAGUAAUGGCCCAGGGCAAGGUGUGCCUCCUGGAUGCUCAUCCAAGUAAAAUAAAGCACGUGUACACAUCUGAAUUCAAACCAUACGUGGUGUUUGUGAAGCCACCACGUAUGGAGGAGCUGCGUCUCACCAGGCGGCGAGCGAAAUUCAUCUGCGAUAAGGACGACGCAAACCCGGUCAAGAUCUUUUCAGAAGAGGAUUUUGAGGACAUGAUCAACUUAGCUGAAACAAUGGAGAAGCAGCACGGCCACCUGUUCGACAAGGUGAUUGUUAAUGGAGAUAUUGCCGUGGCGUUCAGGGAGCUGAAGGCAGACCUGGAGAAGAUUGAGGAGACAGAGGUCCACUGGGUUCCUUCAGAUUGGAUCUGCUCCUCGCCAACAACGGAGCGGAGAAGUUGUGGUCAUUUGACCGGCUGGAUUUGA